UGUAAACCCUUAUUUCUUAAUAAUUUUUGUUCUCAAUAUAUAUAGUUGGCAACGUGUGAAAAUAAUAAUGGCUACCAAUUUAUACCAUAUUCACUGAAUUGUAGAAUAGAUUUAUAGAUUUAAUAGGUGGUUUUACCCGACAGAGUUUUGAUUUUAUCUAUAUAUUUUUUGAUUUCUUGACAUUGGAUCUGGUAUUAAAACUCAACCUUGAGAAAGCAACCAUUUUGUUUAAGAGCUUUUGUUGCAGGAAAAACUUUUUUGAAUCAUGGAUAGGUUUAACCUAAUGAAGAAUAGAUCGGAUGUUAUCGUCGGUGGAAAAUAUCGGCUGAGUCGCAAAAUUGGAAGCGGCUCCUUUGGCGAUAUUUAUCUUGGUAUUAGUAUACAAAGUGGGGAAGAAGUGGCUGUAAAAAUGGAAAGUACUUCCGCUCGCCAUCCGCAAUUACAAUAUGAAGCAAAAUUAUAUCGCAUUCUAAAUGGCGGUGCAGGUAUUCCACGUAUUCGUCACCAUGGCAAGGAAAAAAAUUUCAAUAUAUUAGUGAUGGAUCUUCUGGGACCCUCUUUGGAAGAUUUAUUUAACUUUUGCACUCGUCAUUUUACGAUUAAAACUGUUUUGAUGUUAGUAGAUCAAAUGAUCGGUCGUUUGGAAUAUAUACACUUGAAGUGCUUUAUACAUAGGGACAUCAAACCUGAUAAUUUUCUUAUGGGUAUAGGUCGCCAUUGCAACAAACUGUUCUUGAUAGAUUUCGGUUUGGCCAAAAAGUAUAGGGAUCCUACUACUCGUGCCCAUAUACCAUAUCGGGAGGAUAAAAAUUUAACUGGAACUGCGCGUUAUGCAUCAAUUAAUGCCCAUUUGGGCAUUGAGCAAUCGCGUAGAGAUGACAUGGAAUCAUUGGGGUAUGUUAUGAUGUAUUUCAAUCGUAGUGUAUUGCCAUGGCAGGGAAUGAAAGCCACCAACAAACAACAAAAGUACGAAAAGAUUUCCGAAAAGAAAAUGUCAACUCCAAUUGAAGUUCUUUGCAAGGGAUUUCCAGCAGAAUUUUCCAUGUAUUUGAAUUAUUGCCGCAGUUUGCGUUUUGAUGAACAGCCGGAUUAUAUGUAUCUACGACAACUUUUCAGAAUACUUUUCCGAACCUUAAACCAUCAAUACGAUUAUAUAUAUGACUGGACAAUGUUGAAGCAAAAGACUCAUCAAAGUCAGCCAAACACGGCACUUUUGUUGGGACAAGCUGAAACUCGCAAUGACAGGGAAAGGGAAAGGGAGAAGGAGAAAGAAAAGGCGAGUGGUAAAACUAUGCUCUCUGAAUAAUUUAACAUGUAUGCAUAAAAUAGUUAAUGGACUCGUGUAAAAUUGAACAAAUAUAAAAUUUCAUUAAAAUUAUGCUGCAAAAUGAUUUGCAUCAUUCAUUACAAUAUUACGAUAAUUAUUAAUAUUAAUAAUUUUGAAUUAUGUCAAUAAAUGCUAACUGUGUUGGAGUUAAAAAUAAAAUAGAAAUAUAAAUAACAGUGUAUAUUUUAAGAAUCUAGAGAAUGUAUCAAAACAUCUUAAUGACCCUUAUUAUAUUAUCCAUUAUAAUAUUGAAACUAAUAAAGUUAAAAAAACUGUAGACAUUCUUUUAAAUUAA